UUGGAUUCCGUCGUGUUAUUUUACAAUAACAAGUUCAGUUUCAGUUUAUUGACAAUGGCAUGCCUCCAGUGCACUUCUGUAAUAGAUGAAAAUGAACAAUAUUAUGCUACCGAUGAUAUGGGUCCUGAAAUAAUUUCGGUCAUCGAGCGGUAUCUUGGCCAUCUGAUACCCGAGGGUGGUUUAAUAUGUUUUGCUUGUUGGGUACAUACUCGGCGUACAAUACAACAACAAGGAAUCAUAGCAGCUCCUGCUGUUAUGAAUAUGAAUGCAUGUGUAUGGUGCCGACGGUCUCUUGCCCAAACACGCAGCCACUCCAUACCUGAAGGACCUGAACGGACCAUAAUAACACAAACGAUAUAUCCAAGAGAGAUUCCACCAGGAGGACUGGUUUGCUAUGCUUGUUGGGUAGCAGCACGUAGAAAUGUGGAGCAUGCUACAAGGGUUGAGGAUAACCGGCAAGGCCCAUCUAAUCUUCACCAAGACUCUAUGUGUGCAUGGUGUAGAAUGUCGCUACACCGAAGGCGAACACAUGUGGCUAGUGGUCCUGUGAGAGAUGAAGUUGCAGCAAGAAUUUACCCCAAUGAGUUACCAGAACAUGCGCUACUUUGUUCCAACUGCUGGACACGUGCACACGAAAAUAUAGAAAUGGAGCAAGAAGUUGUGCAAUUUGAUAUCCAGCCACCAAGUGCAUCAAUAACACUUGAUGGUUUUACACACACAACACAGACAAGUACUCAUUGUUUUGUGCCGGCCUGUAACAAUGUAGAACGAAAUAGAGUGCCGGAAUACUUAAGAAGAAUUAUAUUAAAAUCGGAAAAAAAUAUUUGUGACAGAAAAUGCAAGAGCGGUGAAGAGGACUCCGAGCACGAGGGGGAGAACGAUGACUUUACCACUGCCAGUGCCAAUGGUGCCGAGAGCUGCACGAUUUUAUUUUCAAGACGAGGACGACGAUUUGGUUAA